AUGGUCAAAAAUAAACAGGAGGAAAGAAGAGACGUCAAGAUUAUCCUAGAAGAUGCCAACGACCCCGAUGGUAAAGAGGUGAAAGACAAAGUUAAGGACCUCAUCAAGGACCAAGGUUGGAAGGUUCAAGGGUUAGCCAAAACAAAGACAGGGGCGAUUCUCACGGUAAAGGGGUCGGAAGAAGAAGUAAAUAGAAAGCUAAAAGAGAUACCAGUGAUUAGAGAGGGACAACUUACGACGAGGGAAGUAAAAGACAAAAAGCCUAUGGUUCGGAUUAAUGGGGUUGAUUCAGAAAUAAACGAGGAAGACUUAAUAGAGGAAAUCCGUCAGAAGAACUUCAAGGGAUGGGAGAGGGAAGAUUUUAAGAAAGCGGUAGGUAAAGGAAUAAAGAAGAAAACGAGGAAUGACAAGGUUGCAACGUGGAUUCUAGAGGUGUCAGGGAAGCUCGGACAACAAAUUCUAGAAAUGGGGAUAAUUUAUGUGGCAUACAAUGGAUGCAGGGUAUGGGACCACAUAGACAUACUCAGGUGCUACAAAUGUCACAAACUAGGGCACGUGGCAAAAAGAUGCGGGGAGAAGGAAGAUCUAUGCUCGUGGUGUGGAAAGCCUGGACACAAUAGAGCGGAAUGUAAAGUAGAGGGCCCCACAUGCGCAUGUUGUCAUGGUCAGAAAAUAAGGUCAGAUCACGACGUCUUCGAUCAUGGAUGCCCGUCAUUGAUCAGAGAGAUGGAGUGGAUAGUAAGGAGAACAGACGAAGAGAGGAAAGAGCGAGGAGGGGACCAACGAGUUCCGCAGCUGGUGCGCAAAGCAGAAUAUCGAUGUAGCGUCGGCUCAAGAGCCGUACACAAGAGGAGACGGUCUUCCAACCUUAUGGUCCGGCGUAAGAUUGGUAUGCGACAGAACAUCAGGAGAUAG